AUGGACAUUUUACAUAGCCGUCGUCGAGGCUACAUCUUGCUUCUAGUUCUAUCUUAUUUCUCUGUGUUUGGUUUUGCUUCCAGUAUGAAUAUUUCUAAUGAUGCAAGAGGCAGCAAAGCCGACGACGACGAUAUGCCGUUCAUACCUGAAGCUGGUUCCACUGAUUAUGGCACGGACACGGGCAAGGAAUAUAUUGUGUGUUCAGAAUCUAAUAUCACAGCUCCGUGGGAUAUUGGUUGCCAGAAAACAUCUAAAGAUAAUGAUGUGAAAACAUCUAAAGAUAAAGAUGCUAAAACAUCUAAAGAUAUUAUUACAAAGAUCAAUUUUGCUGAUUAUGGCAAUCCUUCCGGUAAGUGUGAACACUAUAGACACGGAAAGUGCGGCUCACCAUAUACCAUGAAGGUCGUCAGAAAGAAUUGUCUUGGAAGACACAAGUGUGUGUUUGUGGUUACGGACGAGAUGUUUGGUCGGGCUUACUGCCCAAAAGAUGUUAAGUUCUUUCUUCAAAUCACAUGUACAAGAAGAGCUUAG